CUUGGUAGGGAGCAGCCAAUAUUCAGCUUGAAGGCACACGUCUUCCAAAUUGACCCGGCCACUAAACGAAAUUGGAUUCCAGCCAGCAAACACGCCGUCACCGUCUCCUUCUUCUAUGAUGCCGACAGGAGCGUGUAUCGCAUUAUCAGCGUAGGGGGCACUAAGGCGAUUAUCAACAGCACCAUUACACCUAAUAUGACCUUCACGAAAACGUCACAGAAGUUUGGCCAGUGGGCGGACAGCAGGGCCAACACAGUGUAUGGCCUUGGGUUUGCCACUGAGCAGCAGCUUCAGCAGUUCUCAGAGCAGUUUAAAGAGUUUAAGGAGGCUGCACGACUCGUCCGGGAUAAAUCACAGGAGAAGUUUGAGCUGUUGAGUCCUGGCCUAAACAUCUCUUCUCCACAGCUGCUCGAUUCAGAUAACAUGCCAGAGCAUUUCAUUCCAUCACUAUUAACCGCUCUAACAAUAGCGUAG